AUGUUUUGUGAUUUCCUCUUCCAUUUGUUUCCAGGUAGACUUAUUUACGCUCUAUCGCUUUUUCCUAUCUACAUCCAUCUACAGCCGAAGCUCCAUGCUCUCUCCACUUCUGUCUUUGAACUUGUCCAUAUUUUCUUUUUCUUAAACCCAAGCACUUUUUCAGCUGUCGAUGUCAUUGCAUCGUGCAGGGUUGUCUAUCUACCACUGGUAGUCUUCGCGUCCGCUUUUUUUUUGCAGUGUCAUAAAAUCUUCCUCCCCUUAGCCUCCUGCGUUUUUCCACUUAGCCUCCUGCGUAGGUUUCUCCUCCUCCAUAUAUCCUUUCUCCACAUUGCCUCCUGCGUCUCCCUACACUUCCCCCUGCCUCCUUUCUCCUUAACAUUGCCUCCUCCUCCUGCGUCUCGCUUUCUCCACUUAGCCUCCUGCGUCUCGCUUUCUCCACUUAGCCUCCUGCGUCUCCUUUCUCCCUUAAAAAACUGCGUCUCCUUUUCUCUUAGCCUCCCUGUGUCCUUUUUCUCCCCCAAAAUUAGUGUCUACUCUAAUAGAUUUACCCGUUCUGCCCGUUUCUCUUCUCUCCGUUUUCUUUUCUGUCCGUUUCUCUUCUCUCCGUUUUCUUUUCUGUCCGUUUCUCAUUGUCUUCUGCCCGUUUCUCUUCUCUCCGUUUUCUUUUCUGUCCGUUUCUCAUUGUCUUCUGCCCGUUUCUCUUCUCUCCGUUUUCUUUUCUGCCGUUUCUCUUCUCUCCGUUUUCUUUUCUGUCCGUUUCUCUUCUCUCCGUUUUCUUUUCUGUCCGUUUCUCUUCUCUUUCUUUUCUGCCCGUUUCUCUUCUCUCCGUUUUCUUUUCUGUCCGUUUUCUCAUUGUCUUCUGCCCGUUUCUCUUCUCCGUUUUCUUUUUCUGUCCGUUUUCUCAUUUCUCUUCUCUCCAUUUUUCUUUUCUGUCCCGUUCUCUUCUUUCUCUUUUUUCUUUUUCUGUCGUUUCUCUUCUUUUUCUGUCCGUUUCUCAUAGUCUUUUCUGUCCGUUUCUCUUCUCUCCAUUUUCUUUUCUGUCCGUUUCUCUUCUCUCCGUUUUCUUUUCUGCCCGUUCUCUUCUCUCCCGUUUUCUUUUCUUCCGUUUCUGCCUCUCCCGUUUUCUUUUCUGUCCGUUUUCUCUUCUCUCCAUUUUCUUUUUCUGUCUGUUUCUCUUCUUCCCGUUUUUUCUCUCCGUUUCUUCUUCCGUUUUCUUUUCUGUCGUUUCUCUUCUCUCCGUUUUCUUUUUCUGUCCAUUUCUCUUUUCUCUUCUGUCCGCUUUCUCGUUUUCUUUUUUUUCCAUUUCUCUUCUCUGUUUUCUUUUUUAAACCGUUUUUCUUCUCCUCCGUUUUCUUUUGUCUCCUCAUUCUUUUCUUUCUUUUUCCUGUUUUUCUCCUUUUUUUUUCUGUUUUCUUUUUCUGUUUUCUCUCCGUUUUCUUUUCUGUCCGUUUCUCUUCUCUCCGUUUUCUUUUUCUUCCGUUUCUUUUUGGUCUCUGUUUUCUUUUCCGUUUCUUUUUUCUCUCCGUUUCUCUUCAUCCGUUUCUUUUCUGUCUCCUUUCUUUUUUCUCUCCAUUUUCUUUUUUUGUCUAUUUCUUUUCUCUCUUCUUUCAUUUUUUCUUUUCUGUCCAUUUCUCUUUCUUUUUCUUCUUUUCUUUUUUCUCCGUUUCUUUCUUCUUUUUUUCUCUCCAUUUUUUUUCUUUUUCUGUCUAUCCGUUUUCUCAUUCUAUCUUUCUUUUCUUUUUCUUUCUUUCUUUUCCCCGUUUUUUUUCCGUUUUCUUUUCUUUAUUUUUUUUUCUUUUCUGUUUCCCAUUUUUUUUUUUUUUCUUUCUUUUUUCUUUCUCAUUUUCUUUUAAUUUUUCUUUUCUCUCCGUUUUGUUUUCUUCUGCCCGUUUCUCUUUUCUUCUUUUUUCUUUUCUGCCCGUUUCUUUCUUUUUUUUUUCCCGUUUCUUUCUUUCUCUCUCCUUUUUCUUAUUUCUUUUUCUUCUUUUCUUUUUCUUUUUUUCUUUCUCCGUUUUCUUUUCUGUCCAUUCUUUCUUUUCUCCAUUUUCCCCUCCGUUUUCUUUUUCUUUCCUUCUUUCUCUCUUUUUCUUUUCUUCUUCUUUUCAUUAG